AUGGUGCUUGGCCCGAUCAACACUCAAUGGCCCCUCAAGGCUUACUUAAGGAAUACAGAAACGACACAAUUUGCUCCUUAUCUUCUGCCUCAAGAUGUUCACGCCACGGGCGACAGACUGGGCGCCCUCGAAGCACAAGUGGCCGAAAUGCGGAAGAUCUUGGAUUCAGUAGCACAGCCCGUUCCAUCGACAGUGCCUCAAUCUGCUCCAACGCCUACUGAUCUCGACAUGCGGAUCUCGGAUUUAUCUCCGUACAACAGACUUCCGCCUUGGAAUGUCGUCGGGCAUUUCGUCCAGCUGUACCUCAAGUAUUGCAAUUGCCAGCCACUUCCACUGUUCUCCUCUGAGGUCCUGACGACCACUUUCAGCUCGCGAGAUCCAGAGCUAAUACUAGCGAUGCUAGCACUGGCGUCGCGCUUUGACCCAGAUAUUCCCGGAGACAACCAAAUGGAUCCAUCACGCAGGUUCGAAAGUCGGGUAACUCAGGCAAGAGAGUUGGUAAUGCAUCGGGUCACACAUGGGCCUAUCGAAUUGUCCACGAUCCAAGCAUUAUGCCUUCUGAGCCUAGGGGAGUUCAAUAAUGGAAACACUCCACGAGCAAGCACCUAUAUGUCGCUAGCAAUGGACCUCGUUUCAUCCUCAGGAUUGUCUUCGGAGCAGAGGAGACUUGACUAUGACCGUGUUGACGACGAGCGACGGCGGUGCUACUGGAGCCUACUGCUUCUAAGGAAUCUCUACGGGGUUUCUAUCAGCACUUUUUCAUUUGUUCAGGAUGAAAGGACACCGAGGUUUCCCCAAAGACCUGACCCCCCAGCAGGUACAAGCUCUCAAAUGACUGAUGCAGCCUUGGAGCAGCCAGACGUGCCGCAUUCCGCUAAUGAACCCUCUGACCUCGGCAUCUUCGCGUACGUUGUGCAGAUGAGCCAAGUGUGGCAGAGAGCUGCCAGGUUUGCAAACAGACGUGGAAACGUUAGUACGCUUCCUGCAUGGUCACCGCAGUCAGAGUAUUCACAGAUCACCGCGGAACUGAUGGAUCUCGAGACACGGUUGCCGUACAAGUAUCGAUUUCGGCCAUCACGGUUUCAGGAUCAAGACUGCCAUCAGCUCGACAAACAUCGUGACUUCUGGGCCUCGUGGAUCUUGCUCCAAACUCUUUACCACACCAUCCUCUGUCUGCUCAAUCAUCCGCUUCUAUUGUUUCUCCGCCUGAGAAACUUCAGGGUCACGAUGCUACCGGAGGUCUUCCUUCAACACACGGCUGAUCUCACGGAAAGUCACACAGAGUGGAUCAUACACGUGCUGGACUUGUGCCAGAGGAAAGAAUUCCAGCUGUCCGACCCAUUUUUGGCGCACUGCGCAGCCAUUGCUGGCACAAUCUAUCUGCAGCAAAGUUUCUCCGGCGACAAUGAGGUGAAGACAAAGAAGCAGGCCAGCUUCAGAAAGUGCGUCUCAUUUGUUCGAGAUUUGGGCUCAUUCUGGCCGUAUAUCAACCAACUUGCGGAUAAGAUCGAAGAGUUCGAAAAAGUGGUGUCAACCUCUUUCCAUGCUUCCGCAUCUCAGAGGCCUCCAGAUUCCCGCAUCUUUAUCGACCUGAGCCUGUUCUGGGAGAUUAUCGAGUCCUCCUUUGUGAGCGAACUCCCCCAAAAUGCAGGUAGUUACUUCGGUGCUUCUCUCAUGUCUCAUCGCCAAUCGUCUUCCUCCGGAGAAAUCCUUCGCAGUCGACUUCUACCCCAACCCACUCGCCUCAGCCACCACGGUGCAUCACCACGGGCCGCAGAAGAUGCCGAGUCCACGGCUGCGCUGCCUCCUCACGACUCCCUUCUAGAGACGGAUAUUCGCAACGUGGACUUUAGGAAUGAGGGGGUUUCCAUUCCGGCACAAAGUUAUUUUGCGCAAGGGCAGGAUUUGGCUGGAAGUCUGGAUGAUUGGUGGCUUUCAGGGCAGUCAACCUGA